GAAAGUGACGACCUGCCUGAAGGUCCAAUGAACCGCAGGAGAGCGCCUCGUCGCAUCUCUCACUCGCAGAGGAGGGAUGCACUGGCAGGAGGAGAGUGGAGGCCGAGGAACCAGGAGCAAUGGCGAGGCCCGGACAAAGCCUGGGUGAGACGGGAGGAGGAGGGCGAGAGACAUGAGCCGCAGGGGAGAGAGACGGUGCCCAGGGGGACCUGCCAGACCAUGUGUCCUGCUCAUGAGCUGCAGGUUCGUCAGGCACAGAACUGCCUGCACCGCUUCGAGAUAUUAGCAGGUACAGAAACCCACCGUCCGCCCCGUGGAGACCCCUUACGCGCUGUCAAGGAGUAUUCCAGACCAGCAGCUGGGAAAGAUGCAACAACCCCCACUGACCUCCGUCCACCUGCUGUGCUGCUGAAAACUGUUUGUUACCUGAUCGAUGACAUCGCUGCCUCCACCAAUCUGCAUCCAUGGACUGAGGUCUACGGCUUUGUUUUUGAUCGGCUGCGUGGUGUGAAGCAGGACAUGAUUAUCCAGCGGGUGUCUGGUUCGGACUGUGUGUUAAUAUUAGAGCGAACGGUGCGUUUCCUCAUCUAUGCCUCUUACCGUCUCUGUGGCGAGCCGCUGCGUCUCUACGACCCACGGAUCAACGACACACACUUACAGGAGAAUCUGAGCUGGCUGCUGGAUUGCUACAAAGCAGGAACAGAACAGCAUCCGAACCAGGAGGAGUUUCAAGCUCUUGGUCUUCUCUACAACUUGGGUUCAUCUCGUGCCGUGCGUCACAUUAUGGAGCUCCCUGAACCGCUCCACAGCACCCCCGCCAUCAGCCUCGCUCUGUCCAUCAACCGGGCUUAUCUGGAGCGAAAUCCGGUGCGCCUGCUCCGAUUGGCUCAGCGGUUGAACUUCCUGCAGAGCUGUGCGCUCCACCGGCACCUGGCGACAAGUCGUAGAGAUCUGCUGCACAUAUUCAGCUACGGAUUCAGCAGCCGCAACUGUCGCUUUCCUCUCCACAGACUAGCUCAGCUCUUGUUCUUAGACCAGUCGCUCACAGUCCAGCUCUGCCUGUCUUACGGAGUGGAGGUUACCCAGGACGACCAAGUGGUUUUCUCCAAGACUGCUUUCACUGAGCCGGAACAAGGGAAACUGCACUGUAAACAAUAUCACAACAUAGUAGCUGAGAAACAGAGAGACCUCACUGUCAGGAGUAUCAUUGAUGGUUGUGCUUGAGACAAAGAGACAAAGGGGGGGUCAACUAGAAUGGUGCAUACCUCCACUAAGGUCCAACAGUCCCCUUAAAUUAAAUCAAGCUGAACCAAAUUUCAGACACUCUCAGAUGUGUAGAGUUUUCAUCAUGUGUUUUUCCUUGUUAAAUAUUUAAAAUUUCAAGAAACGCAAUGCUAGGCCAAUGCUUAAACAUUUUGUAUUUUACUAUGGAGCCCCUAAAGUCCUGAUAGGUGAUUUUUUUUUUGAUCUUGUGCACACAAGAUCAAAUUUGUCUGCAAAGUAAAGUUCUAAUUGGAUUAUAUUUACAAAAACAAAGGAGUAUGUUGCCUUUUAUAGCCUUUAAAAGUUUGUUCUUAGCAGAUACUCAAAGUUGAAAGCUAGAUUAACCGAGUUCUUUCAAUCACGGUGGCUGCUUGUGGGAAACUGACGUAGUUAGAAAUGCAAAUAAAUUUGUCAAUUGUGUGCAACAGAUAAAAAAAAAACAGCACAAUUUGGUGCUCCAUAUUUUUCUCUUUUCCUUUGGUUGAAUUUCAGUCUUGGUGCUCCCAUCGAGGACACUUAAUGUUGACAUGUUUUACCAGGACAUGAUUCUGAUUCAGCCAUGGAUUUGCCAUAUACCUACAGAGUGGCAUCAGUCAGAAAAAUAAGUUAUCAUCUUGGUUCUAAAUGUUUUUUAUUUUUUGUAUCCUUGUAAGCACUUGGGGCCCUGGAAGAUGUGAAUUGUUUUUUAUCAUGUUACUGUGUUCAUUCAGUAUUUCAGUUAACCUGCUGGAAACUACUGUGCAUCGGCCUUUAUUCACUCUUAAUACGCUGUACCUCAGAGUUAUGUCAAUAAAUUUUGUUAU